AUGAGCGGUGCCUUUGGCUGUGGGACCGCAAACAGCCUUGAUCGCGGCAAAGAAGUUCUUCCAUUCUUUGCGGUCCGAGUAUCAUUGGAUCUCCUGGGCCUUACGGGCCGUCCAAAUGUCCUGCAUCUCGCACAGCUGCUGUUGCACAAGUUGACGACUGUAGUAGAAGGCUACUCUGAUGUUGUCGGUAGGGUGAUUGAAAUAGACUUUGUGCUGUCGAUUCUUUACGGCGAGCAGGUUUUGGAUGGCGGCGUCGUUGUCGUCGAACCAGUCCUUCUUUGGCGUCGUGCGUGACCGUGGCGAUGUGGCGAUCCGCGGGAUAAGAGAGCAGAAUGGAGAGUGGAGAGAGUGAAGGGCAGAUGAAGAAGGUGAAGAAUAGGUGCAAAGAAGUGGAAAGUGGUCGAUCUUCCUUUCACGACAUCAGGGGAUUGCUGAGUGCCUGUGGUCUCCUACAGGGUUUGCAGACGGAGCAUCAUCUCGGGGAUCCUGAGGCAGUGAUCCAUCGGGCAGCGAUGAUGGGAGCAAAGCCGAGUUACCGUCUUAGGAGAUGAACACACGGAUACCCUCACCUGGUUCUGUCCGCCGGUUCGGGCAGUUACCGGGGUGUAGCCGCCAAGCAGUCUAGCUUUGAGGAGCCACAUGUGAGAGUUGGCCGCCAGUUGAUGGACGCUACACGCAGUCUAAACCUGCAAGUAAGUGAGCAACCUACUACGACCAUCAUGUGGUCCCACAACUGGACACCCCUACACUCGAACCUCUGUCUAAAGCUUGCGACACAAAUGUGACGUCUGACUCUCCACAAUCAGCGUAGUAAAACCCUGGGGUAGACGCAUGCCUAAGUGAUAAGGGAUUUUCAUUGCGUUAAAGAAACCGGAAAUGAUAAUGAAGCUACCACGUGUGUUAGGACUGUGCGAGAAUGGCUACUUGCAGUAUUUUAGUUAUCGUUGUUGUGUGCUAGUAUAUGGUUGGUGCUCUCAUAGAGCCGUCGUGAGGAUGGAUGACGAGUUUGCACCCAAGAGGCUACUCUGUAGCGACGUCGAAAUGGGCACUCGUAAACACGGAUGACAGGAAUGUUACCAGAACAUUGAAAAUGUCCCUCAGUGAGCUAUCAAUUCUGAGACCUGGGAGGACCCCGCCUAGGAUCGCCCGGCUUGGAGAAGAACGGUGGAGACUGGAGUGGCAAUAAACAAAGUCAAUCGGAUCAACACUGCCAGAACCAAAAGAGCGGAUGGCAAGUCUCAAACUUCUCCGGCCCACAACACUAGCACCCAGUCCCUUCCAUCGUGUCCACGCUGUCAACGGACAUUCCUCGCGCGCAUAGGUCUCGUCGGACUUCCUCGAACCCAAUGCAAUAACAUCACGGAAACUCCAACUACUGCUUCCGCAAACGCCACUUUAAUUAUUCCUGCCGACGUCAAUGUUGACGACUGCUGGUCGUACACCUGAUAAACCACCACUAUCGCCCACCAGCCCCCAUUAUCACCACCACAACCCCGGCGACGACAACUACCGCCCACCCUAUUCCCUCCCACCGGGGAAACCCCUCCCCUCUUGACGUCCCGUCAACCACCAUCCUUACUACCGCCGUUUCCAUCGCCAGCAACACAGAUUAAAUCUCGACCUGUCCUCAUUACGGUUGCGCCCUCUCAUCGCGCAUCGGCCCGGCCGGUCACUUGCGAGUUCAUCGAAUUGGGAUAGGCGAAUCGGUGUCCGGUUCCUGAAAUAACCCUCCGGACCCAACCUAACUUCCAGCACGGUCCAUGAAAAUUCAGUCAUUUCAUGGACCUACAGGCUCCAUGCGCCGCCAUGUAAAUAUGCGGCAAACUACCACAAACCAAACCUCAGUACCACAUAUCUUCCAACCAACACGUACACAAAACCCGAACCUCCCCCACAUCACCCACCACAGGGACGGACUAGGCACCUCUCAUGUAAGUUGGAAUCGUGUUCUUCGACACCCUAUCCGUAUGACCUCUAUGGCACUCUAACGCAUUUUAGGUCCGAGCAACCCAUCCUUUUGUGUGAAUAUCUGGUGAAUUGUGUGGGAGGCCAGGUCGUGUGUGGCACACGCACAUGAGCUCAUUCAGCCACUUGCGCCCAAUCUCCACAUCAGAUGGUCGACCGACUCGGACAGUGGUCUAGUGCUUAGGUGAGAGAAGGGAGAGUAAGCCUGACUCUGGGGACUGCAUCUUCACGAUUCUCAGCACAUAUUCUUCACUAGAAACACUCUGAAGCACCUGAAUCUACCACGUUGUGCUGAAAGCCGUGGCUUGGAGGUCUGCCGUUUGACAAAAUAACUCGGUCCGCCGCCCAAGAUGGUGAGCUGGGCAGCAAUUGCCCCCCCCUCCCCUUGGUGUGGCCUCAAUGUCACUCCCACUCAGUUAGAAUCAGCGUUCUCCUUGUUGAUGUGAAACCCUUGCCCAUCGUGCUCCGAUUGGGCGUAUGUGGCAAGCGCAGAUGGGGCUGUUUAGUCUUGUCGGUCACUGCCCGAUUCCGCGUAUGGUCUUUUUGACUCUGUCUUGACACCGGGCUGAGAUGGAUGAGGGAGGAUGCGGUAGAUUCUGUAGAAGUCGACUAUCACUUUGAACAAAUUUAUGCUCAAGUCACCGUCCCUGAGCCCACCAUGAUGUUAGACAUCGUCGUUGGCGACCGUCGAAGUGCCGUGUAUAUGGCCGUGUUAGCUAGGAGGGCGGACGCGACAGGCCAAAUGCACUCACCUUCCAGUCUCGCUGCAAUGCACUUAUAAACGUACGGGCGGGCCGAUACGUGAUCUGGAUGUACAAUCGUGAUGCAGAUAAGCUGGUAUUAUGCCUACACUAUUGGCGCCUGUCUCUCUGUCCAUUGAAGUGGAUACGAAAUUGACCAAGAAGAGCAAACCAAGACAGGAACGUGAUGCUACCGUAAGGCGGUAGGUUUAUUAAUUUAGAUACAAUGAUUUUUUUCUUGUUCAGGGAAUCGUUUGAUCGUGCUGACAGUGCUUUAUAUCCGAAGCCGAUUUGGCAAUGGGGACUUCAUGACAGAAGUUGGUAUUAGGCGACGUUAGUAAACGGCAUCCCAACUUUGUUUGCCUGUCGUAUUGUCUUGGCCUCCUCUAUCCCGUCGACCUUGAAUAUGGCUGGUCGUCAUGCCUGCGAGUCCGCUCCAUGGCGUUUCCCAGGUCUCUUGUUUGACUCCCAGAUAUGGGCAUCCGUAUGGCAUCGUUUUUGUCUGCGAGAGCCCGUGGUGUCUGCCGCGUAGAACAGUCACCUGGGCAAACUUUCGUCAGCCAUGACACAUUGCGGUCGCCCCAUCGAGGUUGCACCUGUUUCACAAUGGCACGGAUGUACAAUGUGCCAAUCGAGUCCACGACCUGGGUGCAUGGUAUCAUUUCCUGUUAUUCGGCAGGAAGUUGCCUUUUAAAACUGGAACACCAGCAGUUCUUCUUCUUCUUGAAAGAGGGCCUGACCGAGAUUUUGCAAGGCUGUCUUCCCAAAACAUAUAUAAAUGUGACAAAUGUUAAAAUAAUUUCACACAGGUAAAGGCGGAACCAUGCGAGUCACAUCAUCCCAUGUCUACUUGAUGAAAUCCUGAAUACAGACUUUCAUCCACCAUUUGCAAGCUGCAUUCCUCCCUUGGCAAGUAGGCACAUUAGGCAAUUAAAAGAGACACACUGCCACUGUGCCCCUUAUCUUGGUAGCACUCGUGGGCAUCAGCAGAUGUGGCGGCGCUGUCUAAAAACUUUCAUCACCCAAAUUGAUAAAAUCACCGUUACUGUUGGUGAUUGGUCGCGUGGCUAAAAUUGCCUAGAAGAACAAGGAAAACUGACUUAUUUGACGCCGUCGGUCGAUGAUAUCCACGGCUGCCAGUUUGCAGCGCAUUCCUUAUUUCCGGGGAUGGAUUUGACAAUAAAUAAUCCUUAAUGUUCUAUUACCAACAAGCCGGCCGCUUAAGCAAUUUGCUUCGAAAUAAUAGCCUCACUCUUGCCUGCUCCUCCUGCUCCUCCUCCUUCUCCUUCUCCUUCUCCUUCUCCUCCUCCUCCUCCUCCUCCUCUUAUUUCCAGUCGCCCGUUGUUGUCCUACUCCUUCCACCUUCCCCUUACAGCUCCCCUGCUAUUUUUUUUACCAGCAGAACCUGA